AUGUACCGACAGAUCGAAAUCAAUCCUGAACAUAGGCGUUUUCAACAUAUUUUGUGGCGAGCUACACCCUCGGAUGCCAUCCAAGAAUUUGAACUCAACACAGUUACGUAUGGAGUCAACUGUGCUCCAUAUCUUGCCUUACGUACAUUAAAAUAUAUAGCUGACCAUGAUUGUGCAGAUUUUCCAUUAGUUCGACAAGCGCUACAAUAUCAUACCUAUGUCGAUGAUAUAUGUUUUGGAGCAGAUUCAGUAAUUGGUGUGAGGCAAUUACAAAAGGAUUUAAUUUCAGUUCUUAACAAGUCGGGAAUGGAUUUGAAAAAGUGGUCCAGUAAUUUACAGGAUAUAUUGGAGGCAGUAGUGCCUGAAAAUCGGGCAUGCGGCUCCUUGUCGUUCGAUGAUGAGGGUAAGGAUGGUGUGAAGGUGUUGGGUUUGCGUUGGAAUCAUCGAGAUGAUUUUUUAUAUUAUUCAUAUGAACCUAAUUCACUAGUAACCACAAAGCGUGGCAUGCUUUCCCUAAUUGCCAGAAUUUUUAACCCAUUAUGUUUGAUUUCUCCGGUGGUGUUUCUUGCAAAACAGUUGAUGCAACGUGUGUGGAAAGCCCAAUUAGAUUGGGAUGACCAAUUACCAACUGAAAUCCUCGACUUGUGGUGUUCAUUUAUUUCGGAGUUGCCUUCCUUGCAGAAUUUGACAAUACCGCGUUUCAUACAUACACGUCAUCGGAUAAAAGGCAUUUUGUGUGGUUUUUGCGAUGCAUCGGAGCGUGGAUGUGCCGCCAUGGUUUAUUUAAGAAUUGAAAACGCUUCAGGACCACCCUCAAUCUCUAUGAUUGGAACGAAAACAAAAUUAGCCCCGAUGAAGUCCGAAACGAUCCCUAGGUUAGAGCUGUGUGCUGCAGUUUUAUUAGCCCGAUGGAUGGCUCGCAUCCAUAGCAUAUUGUCUCAAGAAUUAAAUAUCAUGGGCAUGUGGGCUUGGUCGGAUUCUACGAUUGUUCUCAGUUGGUUAUCCAUGUGUCAGGAGAAGUUUAAAAUAUUUGUUUCUAAUAGAAUCUUUAAAAUUCAUUCGCUAAUACCGGACGCGCAUUGGUCUUAUAUUCCCUCCGCGGACAACCCGGCGGAUUGCGCAUCACGUGGGAUGACACCUUUGGAAUUGAUGAAUCAUGAGCUGUAUUGGCAUGGUCCAGAUUUAUUAUCAGGACUACCACUUGAGUCGGAUAGUAAAAUACCACUUCUGUCAAUUGAUCAAUUGCCUGAUGUCAAACCAAUACCUGUUACAACAUUAUCAGUUGAAGUUAAAGAAGAAUGGUUUGAUCGGUUUUCCUCGUAUUGGCGUAUGAUUCGUGUCGUCGCAAGGCUACAGCGUGUUUUGCUAUGUCAUCGUAAGCAAAUCAAAUCCACGGAUUUUUUAACUCGUACAGAGUUAGAUCAGGCAGCUAAUGUGAUCGCAUUGGCAGCUCAGGCGUCUUCCCUUGGCACACUUUUACAUGAACUGAAACAUAACUUACCCGUAUCUUGUCGACCUAUUGCUUGCUUAAGACCCUUCAUAGACACUGCUGGUUUGAUUCGGGUCGGUGGUAGAUUGGUGCAUUCUGAUUUGUCAGAAAAUCAAAAGCAUCCCAUAUUGGUGCCAAAGUCUUCACAUAUGGCUUUAUUAUUUGUACGACACUGGCAUGAGCUUACUGGACACAGUGGUCCACGUGUAUUAACAUCAAUAAUUGGUCGUAAAUUUUGGAUUCCUUCUAUACGAUCUCUCAUUCGCCAUGUAGUUAGUAAGUGUACUAAGUGUGUACGGUUAUCUGGAAUAAAUUCACAGCCAUUGAUGUCGGACUUGCCACGAUCUCGAGUAUCAGAAUGUCGGCCAUUCUCUCGGGUUGGAAUUGAUUUCGCCGGCCCAUUUCUCAUGCGUGAACAACGAUUACGUAAAUCGCGUCAUUACAAAGUGUAUAUCGCAGUAUUCGUAUGUUUUACGGUUAAAGCAAUACAUUUAGAAUUCGUCUCAGAAUUGUCUACAGAUGCUUUUUUAGCGGCAUUAAGUAGGUUCGUUGCCCGUCGAGGCUUACCGAAUGACAUAUUUACCGACUGCAUCACGAAUUUUAUUGGUGCGCAAAGACAACUUUAUGAGAUAAUAAAUAGACCAGAAAAUAGAGACAUCAUUAGUGCUGGUGCUCAUAGUCAUUGGCACUUUAAUCUUCCUAGCGCACCACAUUUUGUAGGAUUAUGGGAGGCAGCAGUACGUUCUGCAAAGAUGUUGAUGGUUCGUAUCAUGGGGGAGCAAAACUUCACUCUAGAAGAAUUUUCAACUAUGUUGUGUCGCAUCGAGGGAAUUUUAAAUUCUCGACCAUUGACGCCUUCCUCUUCUGAUCCAUCAGAGCUGGAUUGUCUAACUCCCGGACAUUUCCUGAUUGGGCAGCCAUUGUUGGCUGUUCCCGAAGAGACGAUACCAGUUACUUCACGGAAAAUUAUUAACCGAUGGAAGCUCCUCAAUCAAUGUGUUCAGUCGUUUUGGCGCCGUUGGCAUCUUGAGUAUUUACAAACCUUGCAAACUCGUACAAAAUGGACAAAGGAGGCACCAAAUUUAAUGGUAAACGAUUUGGUGGUGAUUAAGGAUUCUCAAAACCGUCCCAUAAGAUGGUCUAUGGCGAGAAUUAUACAAACGUUCCCAGGAUCUGAUGGGGUAGUACGUGUUGCCCGUGUGAGAACCACACAUGGAGAGCUCACGCGGCCAAUAGUUAAGUUAGUUAAGUUACCAACUGAAAUUUAG